AUGCUUCAGUUUUCAUCCAUAUUCUGCAAGAGGCUAGUUGAGACUAGCAAGGCCAGGGGACUUCAUUCAUCAAGUCAUUCAUUGGCUGGGCAUAGUAAAUGGGCAAACAUAAAGCAUCGGAAAGCAGCAAAUGAUGCUGCUAAAGCUGCUAUUUCCUUCAAGAUGUCGUCGAAAUUGACAAUGCUUGCCAAAAUAGGUGGAGCAGAUUUGUCCAAAAACAUCCAACUCAGUAAUGCUAUCGAUCAAGCAAAAUCUAUGAACAUACCGAAAAGGGUGAUUGAGACCGCCAUAAAAAGAGGAACGGGAGAGCUCAAGUCUCAGGAUAAAAUGGAGACAGUUGUAUAUGAAGGUAUGGCACCUGGUGGGGUCGCAAUAGUUGUUGAGGCAAUAACGGAUAAUAAAAACAGAACAUUGGGGUUUCUCAGGCCCUGUUUCAACAAAUACGGUUUGAGCAUGACUCCUACAAGCUAUAUGUUUGAUAGAAAGGGAAUGAUUUUGAUUGAUAUAGGACAGGCAGAUUUCGAUUCCGUUUUCGAGAAGACUUUAGAGCUGGGUGCUGAGGAUAUACUAGAAGUUGAUGAAGAAGGUAAUCUCGUGGAAGUGAUUACUGAUCCCGCAGAAUUCGGAAAGAUUGCAAAUGAGCUGAAAAAUCACUACAAGAUUAAGGAGAUGCAAAUCGGUUUUAUGCCAAAAGCUGAAAUGGCAGCUCGCAUUACCGAUGAGGAGACAAGAACCGUUUACGAGAAGUUUAUCGCAAGUAUAGAAGAUCUUGAUGACGUUACACAAAUUUAUACCAAUUUGAAAGAUGACAAAAGUCAGUGA